AUGUUGAGCAACGUCCUGGUUGGAACUAUCGGAAACCAUUUGAAGUAUGGUGGCAGAUACGUUAAAUUAUCAGCCCUUUUAGGAAGUUAUAGAAGGAAAGUCAACUAUUAUUCUACCAAAAUACAACCAAGAUUAACUAGUGCAAACUACCCUGAUGUGCACAGAGACCCUAGAUUCAAGAAAUUGACUUCUGACGAUUUGAACUAUUUCAGAUCUAUUCUAUCGGAACAAGAAAUACUACAAGCCAACGAAUUGGAAGAUCUGUCUUUUUAUAAUGAAGAUUGGAUGAGAAAAUAUAAGGGGCAGUCAAAGUUAGUACUAAGACCCAAGUCUGUGGAGAAAAUUUCAUUGAUCUUAAAUUAUUGUAACGAUGAAAAAAUCGCGGUUGUACCUCAAGGUGGUAACACCGGUUUGGUAGGGGGUUCCGUACCCAUUUUUGAUGAGUUAAUUCUUUCGUUAGCCAGUUUGAACAAAAUAAGAAAUUUUGACCCUGUUUCUGGUAUUUUAAAGUGUGACGCUGGUGUCAUCCUGGAAAAUGCUAAUAAUCACAUAAUGGAACAGAAUUAUAUGUUCCCAUUAGAUCUGGGUGCCAAAGGGUCUUGUCAUGUUGGUGGCGUGGUGGCUACCAACGCCGGUGGGUUGAGAUUACUACGUUAUGGUUCGCUACAUGGAAGCGUGUUAGGUUUGGAAGUGGUUAUGCCGAAUGGUCGAAUCGUCAACAGCAUGCAUUCCAUGAGAAAAGACAAUACCGGUUAUGACUUGAAGCAGCUGUUUAUUGGCUCGGAAGGUACUAUUGGUAUCAUCACUGGUGUUUCCAUCCUCACCGUUCCUAGACCAAAAGCAUUUAAUGUGUCCUAUUUGGCUGUCGAGAGUUUUGAAGAUGUUCAAAAAGUGUUUGUCAGAGCCAGACAAGAAUUGUCUGAAAUUUUAUCUGCUUUUGAGUUUAUGGAUUCUAGUUCUCAAAUCUUGACUAAAAGCGAACUAAAAGAUGUCAUCUUUCCUUUAGAAGACGAGCAUCCGUUUUAUAUUCUUAUCGAGACAUCAGGGUCAAACAAAGAUCACGAUGACUCUAAACUUGAAACUUUCCUAGAAAGCGUCAUGGAAGAGGGCAUAGUUACAGAUGGUGUGGUGGCGCAAGACGAGACAGAAUUACAAAACUUGUGGAAGUGGAGAGAAAUGAUUCCAGAAGCAAGUCAAGCUAAUGGUGGUGUUUACAAAUAUGACGUUUCUUUACCAUUGAAGGAUCUAUAUUCUUUAGUCGAGGCCACAAAUGUCAGACUUUCUGAAGCUGGAUUGGUUGGUGUUUCGCCCAAGCCCGUCGUAGGUGCCAUUGGAUAUGGUCAUGUUGGUGAUGGCAAUCUGCACUUAAACGUUGCCGUGAGAGAAUAUAACAAAGAUAUUGAAAAAACUUUAGAGCCAUUUGUUUAUGAAUUUGUUUCCUCAAAACAUGGUUCCGUUAGUGCCGAACAUGGAUUGGGUUUCCAAAAGAAAAAUUACAUUGGUUAUUCGAAAAGUCCUGAGGAAAUCAAAAUGAUAAAGGAUUUGAAAGCACAUUAUGACCCGAAUGCAAUCCUAAACCCUUACAAGUACGUAUGA